GAGAGGAAUCCUCCAGAAAUAGCUCGUCUGUCCAGUCCCCGCCCAAAGUCCUGCCCAAGUGGGAAGGAGGAAGGAACCGGCGCGCUCGCACCAUGAGCACUUCGAACUCAGAGACGCCGACACCGGAUCCCUCCCUGAGCGUGGUCUCUGAGCGCAGAGACCUCGGCCAAGGGGCCGCUUUGCAGCCGCAGCCGGGGACGCCAGAAAUCGAGAGACGAUUAAGGGGUGGAAACGGAAACCCCGAGGAGGGAGUUCUCGGAACUUUUCUCGUGGAUCCAAACACCUACGAUCUCCUAACCCGUGAGGGCAGCACUGGGCGGACACACCCCGACGGGGAUGCUCUUAGCCUCCGGGAGGCUCUAGGCGGGCCCCAGGCCUCCCGGGCGGAGGACCGCGCCCCACCGACCGCAGGCCUCAGAGCCCAGAGACGGGGCUUCCUCAGGCUUGGACAAAAGACUUUGGAAGGUACUCCGUGGUGGAAGUGUAGACACAGCCCAGGCUCCUUUUUUCUGGCUAGUCUCCUGAGACUGCUGCGGGGAAUGUCACUGACUCACACUACAGGUCUACUUUUGCUGACACUGCUGCUGCUGCUAAAACCCGGGGAGACUCUGCGCUAUGCUCACUCGCUCUGCCUCGACUUCGCUGUCACAUCUCAGUCCAGACCCGGACAGCCCUGGUGUGAAGUCCAGGGCUCAAUGGACACAAAGCCUCUCCUCCAGUAUGACAGUGACAGCAACCAGGUCACAGCUUCCGACUCCCUGGGGAAGAAGGUAAAUGGCACCAAAGCAUGGAGCGACUUGACUGGAACCCUGGGAGGAGUGGGCCGAGAUCUCAGGACGGUCCUGCCUGACAUCCAGCUGGGGACAGAGGAGGCCAGGGGUCCUCCCCGGCUGCAGGCCAAGCUGUGCUGUCAGCUUGAAGCAGAGCGAGUCACCGCUGCCUCCUGGCACUUCAGCCUCGAUGGGCAGACGGCCCUCCUCCUUGACGCCAUGGACAUGAACUGGACAGUCGUGAAUCCCGGAGCUACAGGGAUCAAGGAGCAGUGGCAGAAGGACCAGGACCUGGCAGAGUAUUUCAGGAAGCUCGCAGUGGGAGACUGUGGUCACUGGCUGAGGGAAUUCCUAGGACACUGGGAGAAUGUUCUGGAGCAGGAGCCCACAGAACCACCGCUGGAGCCCUCAGAUAACCAGCAGUUACCAGCAUGGAUCAUCCCCCGCUCAGGCCUAACUGUCAUUGUCGUCCUCGUCCUCGUCAUCAUUGUCCUCAUCAUUGUCGUCGUCAUCAGGAGAUGUGAUAGAAGAUAAGGUACCCCAGCAGGUAUUGUUCUUCUGGGCAGUAACCCAGAAGGCAGCCAUCAGGAUCAAGCAGAGAUCUGCUGACGACAGCUCUGAGGACGAAGAUUCCUCCAAAGAAAGAAGGAUGCAUGUUGCAGGUCUAAAAAGACGGAAAGAAAGAAAGAAAGAAAGAAAAGAAAGAAAGAAGAAUGCAUGUUGCAGGUCUAAAGAGACGAAAAGAAAGAAAGAAAGAAAGAAAG